UGAAUAGCAGAGCACGUGGAUGAACGUCAAACGUCCAUAACCUAGUCGAAUAGCCAUGAAUAAAUAAUUGAAACACCAACAAUAACAUGGAAAAAAGAAAGUGGAAGGAUUUGGAGUCAAAACUGAGUGAUACGGUUGUAAAGACACUUGAGGAAUUGAAAUUCACAUAUCCAACGCCAAUUCAGGCAGCAUGUAUUCCUAUUUUGUUGAAUGGAAAAGAUGUGGCUGCUGAGGCAGUAACUGGAAGUGGCAAGACCCUGGCAUUUUUAAUUCCUCUACUGGACCUUCUGCAGAGGAGAGAGGACCAGUGGAAGAAGAUUGAAAUUGGUGGAAUCGUCAUAUCGCCAACGAGAGAGUUGGCCACACAAAUUAGUGAGAUUUUGGAGAAAUUCCUGGUGAAGACAACGCUGAAACAAGUUCUAUUGGUAGGUGGUACUACUCUGAAGGAAGAUAUAGCGAGUUUGAAGAAGGGAGUGAAUAUUAUUGUGGCAACGCCUGGGAGACUUGAUGAUGUACUCACCAAUUGUAAGGAUGUUAAUUUAGUGGCAAGUGUUAAAUCACUGGAGCUUCUGGUUCUGGACGAGGCAGAUCGUCUCCUGGAUCUGGGUUUCUCCACAACCCUGAAUUCAAUAUUCAGUUAUCUCCCGAGACAGAGGAGAACGGGAUUAUUCUCAGCGACUCAGACGAAGGAAUUGCAACAGCUGAUUCGUGCUGGUCUGCGAAAUCCCACUCUCGUCUCGAUCAAGGAAAAAUCGUGUGUCUCCACUCCCCUGUUGCUCAGCAAUUACUACACGAUAGUCUCAGCUGAGAGUAAACAGGCAUCUCUCAUCCAUUUCAUCAUCUCCAAGGGGACGAGCCUGAAGUACAUGGUGUUCUUCUCAACCUGUGCCUGCGUCGACUACUUCAGCCACAUCCUGAAAUCAAUGCUACCAGGAGCAAAGGUCCUGGCACUUCAUGGAAAGAUGAAGGGAAAACGUCACAAGAUCUUCGACGAGUUUCGACAGAUUGAUUGUGGAAUUCUUGUCUGCACAGACGUAAUGGCACGUGGAAUUGAUAUUCCAGAAGUUGAUUGGGUCCUCCAGUACGAUCCACCGUCGACUGCCAGCAGUUUUGUUCAUCGCUGUGGGAGAACAGCUAGAAUUGGCAACGAAGGGAACGCCCUGGUCUUUCUCCUGGAGACCGAGGACGCCUACAUCGACUUCAUAAAACGAAAUCAGAAGGUCGAGAUGGGGGAAAUUCAGGUGGAGGUCGAGAAGAAUUUCAUCGAGAAGUGCCUGAAGUGCAUGAGAAAUUUACAGAUGAAGGAUCGUUUGAUGUUCGAUAAAGCAAAUCGUGCAUUUGUGUCGUACAUUCAGUCUUACAAUAAACACGAGUGCAAUUUAAUUCUGCGAUUGAAGGAUCUGGAUUUUGGGGGUAUUGCCAUGUCCUUUGGACUUCUCCAAAUGCCAAAAAUGCCGGAGCUCAGGGGACGUGAUCUCUCGGUUUUUUGUGAGGCCAACGUAGACGUUAAUAAGAUCGCAUACAGAGACAAACAGCGAGAGGUAAAACGCCUUGAAAAACUCAGUAUUUAUCACGACACGGGGAUCUGGCCGAGCAAGGAUAAACGAAGGGCUAAGCAAAGUGAGCCUUGGUCUGAGGCGAAGAAGAAAAAAAUGGAGAGACUGGAGAAGAGAGGUAAAAAAAAGGAGAAGAGGAAUAAAAGGAUCGAGACUGCUAAUGCAAAACCUGUUAAGAAAAAGAGGAAAGCUACCCUCGAGGAUAUCGAGGAGCUUGCGAGGGACAUCGCGUUGAUUAAAAAAUUGAAGAGGAAAAAGAUAUCGCAGGAGGAUUUCGACGAGGCGUUUGGCGUGUAAAAUAUUUUAUAAUUCAAACAAGAAGUGAUUGAAAAAAAUGUUAUUCGUGAUUUUUUGAAUAAAAAUCGGGACUGAAAGGUCCUUGGAG